ACGUUUUUGAAAUAUAUACAGUGUAACGAUUUCAUCAAUUAUCACGAUAAUGUCUUCUGCCGAUACAGAGGUGCAACAAAGCGGUGCGUCCGUUCCAAUCGGUGCGAAAACUGCGAAGAAAUCCGAGAAAAAGACUGCGACCGCGGAACAGGCCAAACCCAACCAUCCUCCGACUUCAGAGAUGGUUAAUAACGCCAUCAAAGAUUUGAAAGAAAGAAGUGGAUCGUCAUUGCAGGCCAUCAAGAAAUUUAUAGCUUCCAACUAUAAAGUAGAUUCGGAAAAAUUGGCUCCUUUCAUUAAGAAAUACCUCAAAUCAGCUGUGCAAUCUGGAUCUUUAGUUCAGACAAAAGGAAAAGGCGCAUCUGGUUCGUUCAAAUUGGCAGCUGGUGGUUCCCCUUCUAAAGCUAAGAAGAUUGCGAAAUCGCCAACUAAGAAACCGAAAGCUCCAAAACCCAAAUCAGUCAAGUCUGUGGCAACUCCGAAAAAAGCAGCACCUUUGAAG